AACAUUAUGUUGAUGCAGAAGAUGAGCCUGUGGAGUUGUUUGUAGUCACAGUAGAAGAGCAGUCUUUGUUUCAGGCUGCUUAUCCUGAUGUUGUUGCCCUUUAUCAAGUGGAAAAGUCAGAAGUUCUGAAGAAGAAACAGAAAAACAGGAAAGACAGACCAAAAGAAAAGGAAUUAUCAAAUGUUUACGAUGAAGUUAGCGAUCUUCUGUCUCAAAUUAAUUUAAAAUCUAGAUGUGGAAUUCUUCCUGUGCAAGAAUCCAAGUCAGAUAUAAAAACUCCCCCAGAAGAUGAGAUACACCAGAGAAGUACUGAAUCAAAAGAUCUAGUGUUAGCUGCAUCUUCCUGCAUAACAACUGUUCAACUGCCAGCAUCAGCAGCCACUCUGACUGCAUCACCUUACUUGCUCUUACAGAGUACGUUGGCUGACUCACCUGUAUUGCCAGCACAAUUUACUAAAACUUCAGGGAUAUCAUCCUCUUCCUCUGCAACAGCUGAUCUACAGCUGAGCAGUAUUCAUUGGGAAGGAACCUUCUUCAGUGCUUCACCAGCCCAUGGGGGUCAUACCCAUGAUCCAGCAGCUGACUUAACUACAUACAUAAAACACUCGCAUCCACUAGGUCAUGAAACAGUAAGAAAUAGCUUAGAAUAUUCUGAUGCUAUGCAGUCUGAUCAUCAUCAUUCUGAUAGUGCAGAUGAUUUGGUUUCAGAGGAUGCUAUGGGACAACUUCAGAAGUGGUCUUGGAGUGAGCGAAUACUUAAGAUGACUUCCAUUCCAUCAAACCCGUUGUUUGAAGAUGUAAUGCAACCGGAAUCUCUGAAAUCUUUUAAACAAACAAAAGAAACAUCGAAUCCUGAUAAAGAUUAUGUCUCUUCUUCGUGUCAGUUAAAUAAACUAGUGCAGGAAAGUAAAAAUGUGCUAUCAGAAAACUAUGCAAGGGAAUCCAGCAUUUAUCAAGGUCAGUACAAAAGAGCUGACAGCCUGGCUGAAAUGAAGCAAAAAGACUGUAAUAUAAGCAGUUCAACAUCUCUAGCCCUCAGUGGGCAAACAACAGAGUCACUGCGUCCUGGGUGUGAAAUGUUUCCAGUGUCUCAAAAGCCAGCAGAUGUUGUAACUGGCUGUCACAUUAAAAAAGCUUGUACUCAAACAACUUGGAAAACUUCUUAUAAAAAGAGUGUGUGUCAGAACAGAUGCUCUUCUAGUGAAGACAGUGAUGGUGGGAACAUGAAUAAAAAUCUGAUUUAUGAGCAGCGGAAAAGGCAACUGAACCCUGGUCAGUUUAAAAAAUGUUUUACAAAGAAAAGGAGUAACGUUGUUACUAACAAAAGAACAAACAGUGACUCGGCCCUUAUAAUUAAAGGGCAGAAGAAAAAGACCAAUUUAAGAAAAGCUGGCAAUAGUUUGUCAUUGCAAGUAUCUCUAAAACCAUUCUCUGUGGGGGAAGUUAAUUGUUUCCAAAGUCCAGAGCAACCGUUUGAGAGGUCAAGUUCUGGUUCCAGGCAGCAAUCCGAAAGUGCUGUUCUAACUUACACAUGGGCAGACAGUCCCCUUCCUCUGUCUGAAAGACUAAAAGGAAGAAUCAAAAUCGAUUAG